AUGCGUUUUGAUGCAAGACAGAAAGGCAGUCGCAUAUGCCUCGAGACAACUAAAGGAGUACGAGCAGCGCUACCCGACCCAUGGCUUGGAAUUAGCAGCGGUUGUUUUCGCUCUAAAGAUUGGAGGCACUAUAUGUACGAAGAAAAGUGUGAAAUCAAUACGGGCCACAAGAGUUUAAAGUACUUCUUUAUGAAAAAGGAACUCAAUAUGAGACAACAAAGGUGGAUAGAGCUAGUAAAGGAAUAUUAUAGUGAGAUCUUGUAUCAUCCGGGAAAGGCUAAUGUCGUGGCAAACGCACUUAGUAUAUGGAGUUGUAGAAAAAUAUCAACACUUAAGGGGAUAGCACAACACUUACACGAUGAUAUUAAGAAGUCUGGAAUUGAGUUGAUAACUGGACAACUAGCUGACCUCCCGAUCAAGUCAGCACUAAUGGAGGAAAUUAAGGAGAAACAACAAGAGGACAAGUUUCUUCUUAAGAAGAAGGCAACACUACAAACCUCGGAGAAUGCAGCUUUUUCCUUGACAAAAGAAGGCAUACUGUGA